CCGGCAAAGACAGCCAGGACAAAAAAAGGAAUCAUAUUAAAGGGCUUCUUGUUGCAGCAACUGAUUGUGAACCUCAGUACAUAAUUCGUCUCUUGCAGUCAAAAAUGCGAAUUGGCUUGGCCGAGAAAACUGUUCUUGUUGCUCUUGGGCAGGCUGCUAUGCAUUCUGCAACGCUUCCUGCUCCACCUUCACAAAUUCAGUCCCCUCUUGAAGAGGCUGCAAAAAUCAUGAAACAAGUCUAUUCAGUUCUUCCUAUAUACGAUAAGAUUGUGCCAGCUCUUCUUAGUGUUGGAGUGUGGAAGCUUUCAGAGGCAUGCAACUUCUCUUUGGGUGUACCUGUUGGUCCUAUGUUAGCUAAACCAACAAAAUCUGUCUCGGAGAUCCUUGAUAAAUUCCAGGGCAUGGAAUUCACCUCUGAAUACAAAUAUGAUGGUGAACGUGCUCAGAUACACUAUAUGGAGGAUGGCUCAGUUGAAAUAUACAGUCGUAAUGCUGAGCGAAAUACGGGAAAGUAUCCUGAUGUUGUCAAUUGUAUAUCAAGAAUCAUGAAACCUACUGUUAAAUCCUUUGUUCUGGAUUGUGAAAUUGUUGCCUAUGACCGCGUGAAGAAGAAAAUUUUGCCUUUCCAGGUCCUCAGCACUCGAGCUCGCAAGGGAGUUAUCUUAAGUGAUAUUAAAGUUGCAGUAUGCAUCUAUGCCUUUGAUAUACUGUACAUAAAUGGGCAACCCCUUCUUCAAGAGCAACUCAAACUUCGCAGGGAGCACCUAUACAAUUCAUUUGAGGAACUUCCUGGAGAGUUUCAGUUUGCAACAACAAUUACAUCUAAUGACCUUGAGGAAAUACAGAAAUUCCUUGAUGAUGCUGUCAGUGCCAGUUGUGAAGGGUUAAUUAUCAAGACCCUUGGCAAAGAUGCUACAUAUGAGCCUUCAAAGCGUUCAAACAAUUGGUUGAAAUUGAAGAAGGACUACAUGGACAGUAUUGGAGAUUCCUUUGAUUUGGUUCCCAUUGCAGCAUUCCAUGGUCGUGGAAAACGCACAGGCGUUUAUGGUUCCUUUCUUCUUGCUUGCUAUGAUGAACACAAUGAGGAGUAUCAAAGCAUAUGUAAUAUAGGUACUGGAUUUUCUGAACAACAGCUGGAAGAGUGUUCCAAAAACCUUCGUGGUAAAAUAAUUCUUAAGCCAAAGCCAUACUAUCGAUAUGCUGAUUCGGCGAAUCCAGAUGUGUGGUUUGAACCAGCAGAGGUCUGGGAGGUAAAGGCGGCUGACUUGAGCAUAAGUCCUGUUCAUCGUGCUGCUAAUGGCAUAGUGGAUCCAAAUAAGGGUAUUUCUCUUCGGUUUCCUCGUUUAUUAAGAGUCCGUGACGACAAGAACCCAGAUCAAGCCACAACAUCUGAUCAGGUUGCUGAUAUGUACCGUGCUCAGAAGAUCAACCAUACAAACCAUCAAGAGGAAGAGGAUGAUGAUUAAUUAUACUGAUUGACAUUUCACUGAUGAAUCAUGCGAGGUUAGCAAGGCUAAUUGCAACAUUCUACAUGGCGUUGGCUGCUGGUGAUAACUGCAAUAUUUUUCAGGUGUCAUUCUGGAAUGACAAUUUAUGGCUAGUGCCUUGAUAUAUGAAGAACAAAGUAAUCAGUCUGAUACUAAAGUACGCUGGCUCAGGUAAACAGUUCAUGACAUCUGAUAUGGGAAAUUCUCUGAUUAUUAUGUGAUAUAUGGCUUGCUUGUCCGCAGUUGAUGUAUAGAUAUUCCUAUACUCUCCUACUAUUCUAUUAUCUUUUUAUAUACCUUUUUUUAAUCUCGUUCAUCAGCCUCCAUUAUGCUAGUAUGAAAUUCAGUUGUUUUCUUUUAAUAUCAAGGACUUCUUUGUGAUAAUCACAGAUGCAAAAGAUUUUUCAUGUCUGGGUUUUAACAUAUUAUAAUUUGAAGUUAGCCUUAAUUUGCAAUCAAA